AUUUUGUUUCCAACUCAAACACAACAACACUUUCUCUUCUUAUAAAAACACACACACACAAACACAUUUAUAUAUGUAAUCAGUGUGUGUGUGUAUAAUCACAUUUUCUCAACAUCAAUGUCUCUCAUAACCAAACUUCCUUCAUCACUAACCCAAAUCACACACCCCCAUAUUUCCAAAUCACACCCUCCAUCUUUCACAAAAACAUCAUUUUCUUGUUCAUGUUCAUACUCACCAUUCACAGAAAAACAUUCAGUCGAAAGAUACCAAAGAGACAACUGGGUUUUCAAGAAUCAGUUAAAUAACGAAACCCCAUGUGAAAAAGAUUCAAACUUUUCAACUAGAGAUUACGAAAUCGCUAUUCAACUUCCUGAAUUAAAGAAGUUGUUAAAAGUGUUGAAAGAUAAAAGAGAGGGUGAAAAAGGGAAUGUUGGAAAUGUUUAUUUGGUUGGUACGGGUCCGGGUGACCCAGAUUUGUUGACAUUGAAAGCUUUGAAAGUGAUACAAAAAGCUGAUUUGUUGUUGUAUGAUAGAUUAGUGUCUAAUGAUGUUUUGGAGUUGGUUAAUCCUCAUGCUAAAUUGCUUUAUGUUGGCAAGACUGCUGGUUACCAUAGUAGAACCCAGGAGGAAAUUCAUGAGUUGCUUUUGAGUUUUGCUGAAGUUGGGGCAAAUGUUGUUAGGUUGAAAGGAGGGGAUCCAUUGGUAUUUGGAAGAGGUGGAGAGGAGAUGGAUUUUCUCCAACAACAAGGCAUUCAGGUUAAAGUCAUUCCAGGCAUAACUGCUGCCUCUGGAAUAGCAGCUGAAUUGGGUGUUCCAUUGACACACAGGGGAGUAGCAAACAGUGUUCGGUUCCUAACUGGCCACUCAAGGAAAGGAGGAACUGAUCCUCUUUUUGUAGCAGAAAAUGCAGCUGAUCCUGAUUCAACCUUGGUUGUGUACAUGGGAUUGUCUACUCUUCCUUCACUCAUUAUAAAGUUGAUCCAACAUGGUUUACCACCAGACACACCAGCAGCCGCAGUCGAACGUGGUACCACGCCACAACAACGCAUUGUAUUGGCAGAGCUGAAGGAUCUUGCUGAUAAAAUCACAUCAGAAACUUUUGUGUCGCCAACUCUGAUCUUCAUUGGGAAAGUUGUGGCUCUUUCACCAUUAUGGCCACAAUCUUGUUCUCAAGAAACUUCAUGUCUAAUCCCACAUGUAUGAAAUCUCUCCAAUGAUGCUUCAUUAAGAAAAUGGUAGAUGUGAGAUUAUGAGAUAAUAAACUUGUGAGUUCCUUAAUUGAUGGGAAGUGGCAGAAAAAUGGAGAAAGAAAAGGAAAUAAUACAAUGCUGAUGGUUAACGGCUUCAAGCUGGUUGACCGAAACAAGUUUUCUUAGUUAAAAUUCCGUGAAGAAUUGUAGAACCAAAAAUGUACAUUGCUGAGUUCGAAUAGUCCUUUCAGUUUUAGGCUAUGUAGUCAACCAUUGCUAUUUUGUGAGUUUGCUUACAAUAUUUAGAUAUAGAUAUUUUGGAAAGUUGUAGCCUAUUUGCUGCGAUGUUUUCUAGAUUGCCGGGUUUGAGUGAAUAAAUAUAGAUUGUAUGGCAUACCAGUUGUGUUGGGUUUCAUAAACAUUAUAUCAAGUGAACAUUGUAAGAGGUUGUAAACAUGCAAUACUUUUUGGUAA